AUUGCUGAGUCAAAACCCUGCUAAGCUGCCAAAGAAUAACAAGUUAUACCAACUUGAUCCCAUUCUCGAGAAUGAACUGCUUAGAGUUGGAGGACGAUUAAGAAAGUCUAGUGCAGCAUUUGAGUUGAAACAUCCAGUAAUUCUUCCUAAGGAAGGCAUCGUCACACAACUAAUACUUGACCAUUGUCACAAGAAAACUCAACAUCAGGGCCGAGGUCAAACCUUGAAUGAGCUCAGAGCCAAUGGAUAUUGGAUAUUAGGUGCAAGCAAUGUAGUGGCUAAGAACAUCAAAAAUUGUGUUACUUGCAGAAAGAUGCGUAGAUCAGUCGAAGAACAACGUAUGGCUGACCUUCCAGCUGACCGAGUGGAACCCUCACCUCCAUUCUCGUAUUCUGGUAUCGACUGUUUCGGCCCCUUCUACACAAAACAAGGUCGGAAAGAAUUCAAGAGGUAUGGACUGUUGUUUACGUGCAUGAGUUCCAGGGCUGUACAUUUAGAGAUGCUAGAAGAUCUUUCCACCGAUGCAUUUCUGAAUGCCUUAAGAUGUUUCAUAGCAAUCAGAGGAGCUGUGCGACAGAUCAGAUCCGACCAAGGCACGAAUUUCGUGGGGGCUAAGAACGAGCUGGAGAAAGGUUUGAAAGAUCUGGAUCAAGAGAGGAUCACUACCUAUCUUGCAAGCAAACAAUGUGACUUCCUUAUGAAUGUUCCUGAAGCAAGCCAUAUGGGAGGUGUGUGGGAACGCCAAAUAAGGACUGUAAGGAGUGUGAUGAACGCUGUUCUGGCACAAGCUAAAGGAAGACUGGAUGACACUUCAUUAAGAACAUUUUUCUACGAGGCAAUGUCAAUUGUAAAUAGUCGUCCGCUUACCACAAACACAAUAAAUGACCCAAAGAGCAUUGAGCCUUUGACUCCUAAUCAUUUGCUCACGAUGAAGACCUCAGUGCCUCUUCCUCCUCCUGGCAAAUUUGUUCAGGAAGAUUUGUAUGCUAGGAAAAGAUGGAGGAGAGUGCAGUACCUGUCGGAACAGUUUUGGGGCAGAUGGCGCAAAGAAUACCUGGCCAACUUAAGCCUCAGACAGCAAUGGCACAGGCCUAGAAGAAAUGUUCAUGUUGGAGAUGUAGUAAUUCUCAAAGAGGACAAUGUUCCCAGAAAUGAAUGGAGACUAGCUAGAGUCGUUGAGACAAGUGCAGACGAUGAUGGGUUGGUGCGAAAGGUUAAACUCCAAAUGGGACAAAGGAAGUUAGGAAAAAAGGGUGAGCGACUGACACAAAUAUCCCUUUUGGAGCGUCCAAUCCAAAAAUUAGUAGUAAUAGUUGAAAACAACUCUUAAAUAAUGCGUGAAACCUCAAAAUGGGAUUAAACGGAUUAGUUUUGACGCAUCUAAAAUAGUUUAAUUCAAAUAAUGGUUAAAUAACACUGGUUGUGAAAGUGUUGAAAGAUGAAUGCAAGUUAAGUGACAGCUCAUAAGAAAAUUACAGGAUUCAUUUAAUUUGUUCAAGAUAUUACUGACAUAAAUCCUUUGUAAUUUUGGUGGCAGUGUAGCUGUCGCACAUAGUGUAUUUUCUUGCUGAAUAUUCAUCUUCUUUUGAAAGUUUUGUUUUGUUUGUUUUAUUAAUGUUGUAUAAUACUCUUUUGGGAAUUGUAUUUUAUUUGCAUGAUAGUUUGGUAAUAGUGACACCUACUGGAGAAAAUGAGUGACAUAAGACGUACUGGUCAUGUGAUUUGAUUUUGCGUGAACACGGAAAGAAAGAAGAAACUGAGAGACAUGAGGUGUCGCACACGAAUUGAGAGGUGUGAAAUUAAGAAGAGUUUUGAUCAAAAUAUGUCUCCUAAUGUCUCCUGAAUCCUGAUUAGAAGGCACACGUUUUUUCACGGUGUCCAUUUGAUGUUUGUGAUGGUAAAAUGUCCUAAUUCUUGAGAAGAAGAAGACAUUAAAUAUAAAA